CAUAACACAAGGAACCGAACGAAGAAGGCGGAUAUUAGGACGGGACGAACCGAAGGCUGCGCCCGGUUACCGUUCACCGAGUGAUCGUAAUUAAUAGGACAUCCUCACAUCGGAUCCCGUGUACCACUGUUGGUUGGUAUACAAUCUACUCCGGCCGUUCCCCGGGGUUUGUUAGAGGUUCUUACGUGUGAAACAGAGGUAUUGGAAGAUGUUAAGGGCUGGAGGUGUUCUGAAGUUGGUGGCAGUCCUAUCUGCUUUUUUUGUGGCCAUCUUUUUGGCUUUUCAAUUACUGGAUAUUAAAGAAGAUUUUAAUAUCGGCAGCAUUUUUGCGAGAUCUAUGCCGGAAGAAAUUGCCCCUACUGUGCCGUCGAGGUACAAGUGUGGGCUCUCCAAAGCCUGUCCCGCCGGCCACUUCUCCUUUAAGAUUGCCAGCGGAGCGGCGAGUGUGGUGGGACCCAAGAUCUGUCUGGAGGACAACAUACUGAUGAGUGGCGUGAAGAAUAACGUGGGGAGAGGCAUCAACAUCGUCCUGGUGAAUGGGGAGACCGGUGCCCUCAUCAAGACAGACUUCUACGACAUGUGGGCCGGAGACGUCGCUCCGUUCAUUAAGUUCCUGAAGGAGAUCCCAGACGGCACCGUGGUGAUGAUGGCCACCUUCGACGACCCCGCGACAAAACUCAACGAAGAGGCCAGGAAGCUCAUCUCGGAGCUGGGCAGCUCCGUCGUCAACAGCCUGAAGUUCCGAGACAACUGGAUCUUUGUCGGAGGAAAAGGCAUCAAGACCAAAACUCCCUUUGAGCAGCACAUAAAGAACAGCGCAGACACCAACAAGUAUGAGGGCUGGCCCGAGGUCCUGGAAAUGGAGGGUUGCAUCCCCCAGCGACGCGAUUGACCUUUGAACUCUGGCAUUGACCCUUCACUGCUGCCUGGGAUGUUGGCGUUUGUCUUUUAUUGGAAAGUUAUUUUUGGGACCUGGAAAGAGUGCUUGCUUUCACACUCUUUUGGGGGCUCUCCAAACAAGUUUUAAUGCCUUUUUUUUUUUUUUUUCGCAGCUUUUGUUGCCUCAUCUUCUUGACCCACUUCCAUUUUUAAUGCAAGUGUUAAACUUCCAUCCAUCCUUCCUUCUGUUUGAUUUUCCUCAAAGCUAACGGCUAAUUACUUAACUUAAGGGUAAAUGUUUUGCUGGUUUGUCACGUGCUGUAUAAGUGAAACCCGGCUGUGGGAGUUCACUGUAAAAUAGCACAAGUCCGGAACGAUGAUUGAUGUCCACGUACAUUUCAGAAGAUUACUAUUUGUUUGUAUCAUUUCUGGAUGUUUUACCAAUGGCUUUACUUCUUCCUUCUCCAGUUCUGUUUAUUUUUCACACAACAAGAACCGUCCGUUGCCAGUUUUUUAUUGGGAUGAAAACUAUUUAGUCUAUUACAUCCUAAGUUCAAGAAAAAAAAUCCACUGUGAAAUCUGUAAAUAUUUUACAAAAGAGGGUCCAAUUUCCAUGAUCCAUUUAAAUAGUAAAGUGAUUUUUAAAGUUUUAAAUUAUUUGUAUGGUAGUUUGUCGUGAAGAGUGCAUAGUUACAGGUUACUAUACAGAGAGUACCUUUUGCAUUCUUAUGAUGAAUAUUUGAUCGUUCCUAUGAGUACAUUGUAUGCACACAGACACUGUUACAAUAGGUAAUGUGAUCACACUUUUCCUUUCGCAAGAGAUCUGAAAGAUGAUAACUAUUAUUGUAUUAACAUUAUAUUCAAUAUUUACCUUUCUUCCUUUUUAAAUUUUCCUACACAGCUUCUACUUAACUCUCCCAUCAUCUACUCCCUUGUAUUUUAGUAUGCCUCCAAAUGUGUCUUUGAUGUUGAACCAGUGUGCCUUGUCCUAAUAUCACCGUGGCUUCCAUUGUUGUCUGUUGGUGUUAAAUGAUGAAAGCUCAAUACGAAGCAACCAGAUUUCUCGCUCAAGAGAUGGAGUUGAAUUUGCCAGAUUUCUAAAGGGUAAGUUGAUGUUUGAACACGUUGCCUGUCUACUGUGUUGUUUCCCUAAGGAUGGGUCGAAUGAACACCUAACAGGGAAAUUGUUUGGUGCCGAAUACAUUAUAUGUAUCUUAUCAGCACAUAGCAAAUACCAAACAUUUGAUAAAAAAAUACUUUGUUGAUUUUAUGAUUUCAGAUUAUAAAUUAUGGAUGCUUAUUCAAUCUACAAUAAGAAUAUGAGUGAUUAGGCCCAUGGGUGAGACAGGAUUUGUUUGUACCUAGUAUUUUAUUAUUCAAAUGACAUACAAAUAAAAAUCUUUGCUGUUA